CACACACACUUUUGCUAAAACAUAAAUUCUUAAUGUCUGUUAAACAACACAGAACAACAAAGAAUGUCUGUCAAAAUGACAUAAAUUUAUGAAACCCCACUUGUUAUUUUCACAUAAUUCUUGUUUAUUUGUAAUAAAGUUUCAAGCUUUACAUCAAUGGAAGCAAGAUGUAGAAUCUUGUUCUUUUGUCUUUUGUUUUCAAGAUUCUGUUGUAAUGAAGGUAAACUGUUUGAUGAAAUGUCUCUGAGAACGGAAGAUAAAGCUUCACUGCUACUUUUCAAGUCACAAAUAAAUGACCCGGCCCAGAAGCUGAUAUGGGUCGGGCCUGGUUGUGAUACCUGGGCUGGUGUUAGUUGUUCAAAGCUGAAUGGUAAAGUUGUUGGUCUUAACCUAAGUGGACUGAGCUUAUCAGGGAAGUUGCAUACAACUUUGUGUAAACUUUCUUUUCUUGAAACCCUAAAUUUGUCACAUAAUAAUUUUGAUGGUAAUAUUCCAUCUUGUUUUAGUAAUUUUUGGAAUAUGAAAAGUUUGGAUCUUAGUUAUAAUAUGUUUAGUGGUGUUGUGCCUAAUACACUUGUGAAGUUGAGUAAGUUAAGUAAGUUUGAUUUAAGUCAUAAUUUGUUUGAUGAUCAAAUGAUUCCUUAUUGGAUUGGGAAUUUUUCUAUGAGGUUAGAGAAGGUUGAACUAGGGUAUAAUUCGUUUCGAGGAGAGAUACCGGAUAGUUUGUUGUAUUUGAAAUCUUUGAAGUAUUUAAGUUUGUCUCAUAAUAAUUUGUCUGGUAAUCUCCCGGAUUUUGGGCAAUCUUUGGAGUAUCUUGAUUUAGGGUCGAAUUCAUUUUCGGGUAGCUUACCUUGCUUAUCGUCGUCGGUUGAGUCACUUAUGUUGUUAAAUUUAGCGGAAAAUUUACUCGAAGGGGGUGUUCCUACUUGUAUUUCUUCACUACGAGUGUUGACGCAUCUUAACUUGUCGUCUAAUCGUUUAAGCUAUGAAAUAUCUCCAAGGUUAGUGUUUUCUAGUAGACUUGUUGUGAUGGACUUGAGCUAUAAUCAGUUGUCGGGAUUUCUUCCUAAAAAGAUUCUCGAGUCUUCAGAAAAGUCGGGUCUUGUAGUUUUAGACCUUUCACAUAACCAGUUUUCGGGUGAUAUUCCGUUGGAUUUGACAGAGUUGAAAAGUUUACAAGCUUUGUUUCUUUCCCAUAAUCUUUUAACUGGUGAAAUACCAUCAAGAAUUGGGAAUUUAACAUAUCUUCAAGUGAUUAAUCUUUCUCAUAACUUGUUAACUGGUUCAAUUCCUCUGAACAUUGUUGGUUGUUUUCAACUACUCGCUUUGAUUCUCAACAACAACAAUCUAUCCGGUGAAAUUCAACCAGAGCUUGAUGCAUUGGAUAGUUUAAAGAUUCUUGACGUUAGCAACAACAAGAUUUCCGGUGAAAUACCCUUGACUUUAGCAGGGUGUAAAUCGCUGGAGGUUGUGGAUUUAAGCUAUAACAAUCUCUCAGGACCUUUAAAUGACGCGUUGACCAAAUGGUCAAACCUCAGAUAUCUCUCUCUCGCACACAACAAGUUCAGUGGAGCUCUAGCUAAUUGGAUCUUCAUGUUCGAAGCUAUCCAAACGAUCGACCUUUCUGGUAACAAGUUUUCCGGGUACAUCCCUGACGGUAUCUAUAAUGUUAGUUUACGUUUUAACAAUGGCGACCUCAACAAGGAAGCCCCUAAAGUGCCAUUGUUAGAUAGUAAACUAUCUGUGGUUAUGGGUGAUGAUUUGCAUCUGAAUUACAAUCUUUCAUCAAUGGUUACAAUUGAUUUAUCGGAUAAUAUGUUACACGGGCAAAUCCCAGAUGGGCUAUUUAGUUUACAUGGUUUGGAGUACCUAAAUUUGUCUUACAACUUUCUUGAAGGCCAAAUUCCCACGAAUUUACAAUCAAUGUGGAGCCUAAAGAUUCUUGAUUUAUCACACAAUUCAUUAUCAGGUCAAGUUCCAGGAAACUUAUCCGGUCUCGAGAAUUUAACCCAUUUGAAUCUUUCUUUUAACUAUUUUUCUGGGAUUAUUAACAAGACAAGAGGGUAUUGGAGAUUUUCUGGUGCAUUUGCAGGAAACCCAAAUUUAUGUGUGGAGUCUUCUGGUGAUGGUUGUCAGACAAAAACCCGGCAUGUGGAGCCAGAACGGGCUUAUGAAGAGAAAGAAAACGGGCCAAUUUCAGCAUGGGUGUUUUCUGUUAGUGCCUGUGUAAGUUUCUAUAUUGUUGGUGUUGUACUAUUUUGUACAUCUCGAACUAGGAAUUUUAUGCUUGGGGUGAAAGAUUAAUGAUAUGUUUAAAUGUAGAAACGGUAGCUUAGGAUUGUAUAUAUAUGAUGCUAAAAUUUUCCUAA